AUAGAAUGUUUGGCAGUUCAGAUCAGAUCUGCUUCAGGAACGGUGAAUCAGAAAUAAAUUAAGUCAUUUGUUGCAGCGAUUUUGAAUCUUAAACACCAAGAAUGGACUACAGGAUACUCAUAUUCGCUUUUCUCUUGGUCGCUACAGUGUCGGGAUUGAACAUUCACCCAGUAAAAGGACAUGUUGCUGAUUAUCUGAAAUCCGCUAAAUGGAGACACACCAAUACGUACGCAAAGAUUCACAAGCCGAUAUCAUUGGAUAUAAUAUCUAACUACAGACUCCCUGCUGGAACGAUUUUGUAUGGGUUGGGACAAUCACGUGACUGUGAAGAAAUUCUAAAGAGGAAUUCCCACAUCAGAGGUAGAGACGGGGUGUACACAGUCUACCCAGACAAGAAAAAUCCAACGAACGUCUACUGUGACAUGACCACAGACGGAGGAGGGUGGACGGUAAUACAGAGGAGAUUUAACGGACACACAAAUUUUCGACUGAACUGGAAUGAUUACAAGAGAGGAUUCGGUGAUGUAAACAAGGAAUACUGGUUAGGAAAUGAAAAAACCCAUACUUUGACCAGCGGAAGAAACCAGGAACUGCGUAUUGACAUGAGGAAAUUCACAGGAUCCAUGGUGUAUGCUCGGUACUCACAUUUCUCUGUUGGGAGUGAAUCUUCUAAAUAUAGACUGUCCAUCAGUGGCUACAGCGGAAAUGCAGGAGACAUGAUGAUAAAAGCUCAUAACCUGAAUGGUAUGUACUUCACAACAAAGGACAAAGACAAUGAUAAGACUAGAGGAUAUAAUUGUGCUGCCGGUGCGGCUUAUCACACUGGUGGAUGGUGGUACAAUAACUGUACACACUCAGAUCUCAAUGGCGUUUAUCAACUGUCAAAUAAGAGAAACAGAAAGGGCCUGUUCUGGGGACAGAGAGGUGAAAACAUGAAGACUACUAAAAUGAUGAUCAGAUCCAAGAAAUGAGAAAAAUAUAAUAAAUUCUGAGAAAUAAGUGCAUAUUGGUUGUGUUUUUAAAAAAAC